AAAGCGAUACAAAAACAAAACCAAACUAACUGCAAACAAAAUAAACUAAAACAUCGACCAUCGACGAAAUAACAGAAAACAAAGUCUGAGUUGUCUCAUUGCCUGAUUGUCUGUGUUUUCAGUUGAUUUUUGAGUGUGUUCGAGGUAAGACUACCUUUUCAGUAUCCGUUUUGGCAGAAUAAUGGAACUCAAGACUGUUGAAAAACUGAUUUCUUUGAUCAGGGACAGACCAACUAUCUAUGGACCGAGACCAAAGCGAGGCAAAAAGAAACACCAGAGAAUUCUCGAUGAACUUUGGAAGGAGGUGGCUCUUCAGAUGAAUCGUUCGGUACGCGAAUGUAAACUGAAAUGGACCACCUUAAGGAAUUGCUAUGCAAGGUUAUUGCGUGAAGAACGUUUACAUAAAGUAAAAAAAAGACACUGGCAUCUAAGAAACGAAAUGAGUUUUUUAAGAGGUCACAUUCAGCCAUAUACCGAAGUUAGAGGAAUAACUCAUAAACGAACUGCUUCGGUACGCACUAAGUUACCACCAGAUUCGUUAUCAACAACAAAUAACUCAUUUGACGAAAAUAACUUUUCACCUACGAUCGAUCAACUUCAACCUAAUGAAACUUCAGCACACAGUAGCAAAACUAUCGAGAACUCAACAAUUGUACAUGAUUUUUUAAUUGUCGAUCAUAAUAACGAACAAUCCUUAAACAAUAAUAAUUGGGAACAAGAACAGGAACAAUUGCCAAUUCCAGCAGAAGGAAAUGAGACAAUCAACUAUUGUCCAACGAUCAAUUUAAAUCCGUUUUCACUAACUGAAAGAAUAAUCGAAACACCAGAAGAAAAUUCUCAGCUUUCGAAAUAUAAAGAAGAACGAUCUGAAGCAAAUAUGUUGUUCUUGAGGAGUUUGUUGCCCGAUAUAAAUAAACUUUCGGACAGGAAGCAGAGAAUUUUCAAACGGAAAACCUUAGAAGUGCUAGAGUUAUUAUUUGAUGAAGAUGAAUUUGAUGUGUCUAGGGAUGAUAACCUUCAUGUGAGGCAAUGCCAAAUACCAAGAUCUAACUAUAGCGUUCAGCAGAAUCUCAAUCAUUCAGCUAUAGGUUCGGAAAAGUUUGUUCAAAAAGUCGAACCAACGAGCCCAUAGACAUAAAAUGUUUCAUAACUAAAUAUUUAAAAUAUAAUAAUUAUAAACUUAUAAAGCACAUGUGUAAAUAUUGUAAACUAGUUUUUAAUCAAAAUAUGUGGGGUUUAAAUUAAGACUAUUAAUAUUAAA